AUUUUUUUUACGACGGUAGAGUUGAAGUAGUGCAAAUACGACGGAGUUGAAACGAUGUUUCUGACGGUAAAUUGACGAAUUCAAAGCACACCAUGGCUGAGGAAUCCAGUGAAGAGUCGAGACCCUUGCUCAAUGGGGAUCAAACAAAAGCAGGUCCCAGUGAUGGAUCUGCCUUAAAGGGUGUUAUGCAACAUCAGACACAAACCUACGGCCUGUCAAAAUCGACAAGGCGUGGGGCCUGCGGUGCCAUAUUGCUCUCGGUCAUGUUCGAGCGGCUAACUUUCUAUGGGAUCUCCUCCAACAUGGUGCUAUUCCUCAAUGGGAACCCCUUCAGUUGGAAGGCCUACGAUGCAGCGGGCGCCAUCUUGCUCUUCCUGGGUAUAUCGUACGCCUUUUCCGUCGUCGGAGGGCUUAUCGCAGACACUUUACUCGGACGCUUUAAAACCAUCAUGCUUAGUUUUGUCAUCUAUAUCAUUGGAAGUAUCAUACUGGUGAUGAUCGGCUAUGUUUCUCUGGAUGAUAAAGAAAAAUUUGGCAAUUAUUUUUGCAAUGGGACGCGUAGCCAGAACGGCUCCAACUACUGCAGCUGGGCUGUUUAUGUUAGCCUCAUCACACUCGCCAUUGGUUCCGGAGCGGUGAGAGUGAACGUGCCCCCAUUUGGAGGUGACCAGGUUAGAUUUGAAGGACCCGAGAUAAUGCGAAUGUUCUUCAACUGGUUUUACUGGGCAAUCAAUGUGGGCUCCCUCAUCGCGAUGGCCGGCAUCACCACCCUGCAGCAGAACGUCAACUUCUUCUGUGGUUUCCUCGUGCCUCUCGGAUCUCUCGUUCUGGCGGCGGCCAUCUUCUUGGUCGGCCGGACGUGGUACCUAUCCAGGAAGCCCAUGGGCAGUGUGCUGACAAACACAAUGAAGAUUAUCUUUGAGGCGUUCAGGAAGCGGCGAAUGCGAGAAGCCGUUUAUGCAAGACCAGACAGCUCUCAGCUUCUGAGUAGCCAGCCGAAGCCCAGCUUUCUUGACAUGGCUAAGGUGCGGUUUGGAGGCAGCUUCCAUGAAUCCAUGGUGGACGACGUCAAAUCCCUCAAGAAGAUCAUCCUUGUCUUCCUAGGACUCACUCCAUACUGGGUGGUGUACUUUCAGAUGCAGACUACAUUCCUCAUUCAAGGGCUUUCCAUGCGUUUUACACCGGACUACAACAACACUGACAACAACAAAACUGACCACGUGCAUCCCGCCAACAAAUUCCAGAUUCCCCCAGCCUGGCUGUCCCUCUUUGACGCCAUCGCCGUGAUCCUCCUCCUACCCUUCCUAGACCGCAUCAUCUACCCCUGGCUGGACCGACAUGGCGUUAACUUCACCCUGCUGAGACGCAUGACCCUGGGCAUGUUGUUCAGUGUACUAGCCAUGAUCACGGCGGGGGUUCUGGAACAUGUCAGGUUGGAGUAUGACCCUUCUCAUCAGAUCAAUCAAACCAUCGGGAAUACGACGUACCCCGGCGCCGAUAUAUGGGUCUUCUGGCAGAUACCACAGUACACACUGAUUGGGAUCAGCGAGGUGUUGGCAAGUGUAGCUGGUCUUGAGUUUGCAUACGCCAUGGCCCCUCGCUCUAUGCAAGGUUUGAUCAUGGGCCUUUACUACUUCACAAUAGGGCUGGCGGCCCUCCUUGGCGGAGCCAUUUUGAAAGUCGCCGCCUUGCCAAGCAUCAAAUGGGCGAUAGGAAACCCGCACAUAGGGCGGCUGGAUCUCUACUUCUACAUGUUGGCCGUUGGGCAGGCCGUUGCGCUGAUUGUGUUCGCAGCGGUUACCCUCGUCCAUGAGUCCAAAGAGAGGAGACAAAGGGAAGGGAUGGUUAUAAAUAGACAGGGAACUGAAGAGAGGACAUUAACAGGAACCUGACAGUAGAGGGCACCCUUCAGAACAGCAAAUAAUACUCAUGGACCGUAUCGCAAAUUAUCCGUACGUGUGUUGGAUGAGGUGCAUGCUGGUCUACAUGUAGCUAGCGCUCAAGUUCGAUCCCUAGCUAGACCUGCAUGCACCUCAUUCAACAGUUAGCGCUUUUCGCUCGUCCUUAGCACCUUGUAUUAACCAAAGGCUCUGGGAUGGGCAAACGUGUCAAGCACGCUCAUUGGUUAAUGUGCAAUCCCAUUAUGCAUCUCACUCACUCUGCGCCAUAUUUCUAUGCACUGCAUGCAUGACAUAAGAAUCUGUGCAAGCUGAUUAGCCCAUCCCAGCGGUCCUUGACGGUCAAGCGAAUUAGCGCUUGAGCAAUGGAUAUUUGUGAAAAGGUAUAUUAACAGGAACCUGACAGUAGAGGACGCCCUUCAGAACAACCAAUGAUAGCCUCCUCAACAUUGGAGACCGUCACAGAUUUUAAACCCACCUGUUUCCAAGAGGAUCCAAGUUUUGAAGGGAAAGGAGUAAUUUUUUUAUGAAGAAGAAUAAAACAAGUAUCAUGAAAGUUGUUGAUUUGUUGUGGUAAACCAUGGAGCAAUAAACUUGAUUUUGAAUAGCUUCAUGGGCAAACGUUAACAUCUGAAUUGUAAAAUUGUACAGAGAUUUGAAACCAACAUGUUUCCAAGGAUCCAAGAUUGGAGGUUUGGAGUGGAAUGGAGUAAUUGUUUUUGGAAAAACAAUAAAACAAAUCAAACAAAAUACCAUGAGAGCUACUGACUUAUUAUGGCAAAUGUUAAUAUCUUAAUCGCAAUUUUAUAAAAGUGCAAGGCUUGGCAGUUCAGCAUUAUCGCUGUACACUGAAAGUUCAGUAGACAGUUCUGUUUAAUAAAAUGCGCUAAAAAUUACUUGUUAGUGAAAGUCUGAGUAAAUUAAAACACGCGAUUUAUAAAGUUAAUGCAAAUUAUUCUCUUGUACACAUAUUAAUGUGUAACCAUUUAUACUUUACUAAUGUUUAACCAAGAUAUAAAGAUUAACAUUGUAAUAGGAUGGUGUAGUUUUGUAUUAACUUUUUUUUUGUAAAUUAAAAUCGUUCCGCACAUAAUGAACCAUCUGUAUAUGCCAUUUCAAUAGAGUUUUUGAGAACUAUUGCCUAAAACAUCUGAAAUAUAUUUGGACUUGUAGAAACUCAUUAACACUGAUCAAAGGCUUACUGAUGUGCAGUGAUGUACAGAAAGUAAAUUUAAGUAGUGAUGAGAUGAUGUAAAUAUAAAAAAAAUGCAACAAGUUUAACAUUCCAUCUCAAGAAUAAACCUAAGUAGAUUUAGGGCGAUAAUGCAAAGUUGUGAAAUUAAGAAAUAGUCUGGUGCACACACGUAACCAGGUCAAAAUUGAUAGUGUGUAAUCAAGACACGUAAAGGCACUGGACACAAUUGGUACUCAAGAUAAUUGUUAGCAUAAGAACUUACUUGGUAACGAGCAAUGG